UUCAAUUUUGUUUCUUCAAAUACACAAUCAGAAAAAUUCAUAAGUUGGGUUUUUUCGUAAUGAGGAGCUUAGGAAGAAGAUUGAUUAAUCGAGUUAUCACUCAAACAAAAUCACAACAACGACAACACCAAUCCGUUAUUACUCGUUCUAUUUCCUCUUCUUCUUCUUCAACCAGAAUAUCUAGUCCAUUCUAUAUACAAACUUACAAAUUCUCUUCUUCUGCUUUCAAUCCAUCUAGAACACAGUUUCUUAAUUCAACGAAAUGCACAGGGUUUGGAGGACAGAAGAGGAGUAUGUUUAUACAAACCCAAUCAACACCCAAUCCUUCUUCCUUGAUGUUUUACCCUGGUAAACCAGUUAUGGAAGUUGGGAGCGCCGACUUUCCAAAUCCGCGUACAGCCAUGAAUUCACCUCUAGCUAAAGCUAUCUAUGGAGUUGAUGGUAUUACACGGGUGUUCUUUGGAUCAGAUUUUGUAACUGUGACAAAGUCAGAGGAAGCUUCAUGGGAUUUGCUAAAACCCGAGAUAUUUGCAGCGAUUAUGGACUUCUAUACCUCUGGAAAGCCACUAUUUCUGGAUGCAAGUGUUGCAUCUGCCAAGGACACAGCUAUUCAUGAGGAUGAUACAGAGAUUGUUGCAAUGAUCAAAGAAUUGCUGGAGACUCGCAUUAGGCCUGCAGUACAAGAUGAUGGUGGUGACAUUGUGUACCGAGGAUUUGAUCCGGAAACUGGAGUAGUUAAGCUACAAAUGCAGGGAGCUUGUAGUGGUUGCCCUAGCUCAGCUGUCACUCUAAAAUCAGGGAUUGAAAACAUGCUCAUGCAUUAUGUACCUGAGGUGAAAAGUGUAGAACAAGAAAUGGACGAAGAAGAAGUUAACGAAGAAGAAAAUGAAUCUGUCACCAGCUAAGAUUGCUUACAAUAUUAUCACCAAGGAGUAAAACAUGUUUGUAUUAGUGGAGAGGUUUUUGUCACGCAUUCUUUAGUUUAUCCUUUUCUUUUCUUGUAUAAUUUUAGGCAAUAACUUUUAAGUUGUAUCCUGAUAUGUACAAGACAUUGACAAAGAUGGCAGGACAAUGCUUUCCUUAUGAUCUGAAUAAUAUUCUUGUCUGGUGCAAUCCAUUUAUCCAAA